CGCGGUUCCACGACAUCAGCUUCAAGCCUACUGAAUAUCUUGCGCUCUUCAUCACUGCCAGGAACAGUACAAUACACGACAUCAUCAUGGCCGAACUCGCGUUUGCAAAAUCCUUCCUCUCCGCCCUCGACCCCAAACCCGUCAAGCUACGCGCCGACUAUGUCCUCCCCCCAGAACAAGUAGACCUUCGCGGUCCAUACCUCCUCCCCCGCCUUCCCCCGUCCCAUCCACCCAUGCCAAAGAAAACCAAGUCUAUCACAGCCCCAGGCUCCUCGAAAUCAAUCACCAUUCACCUAAAAUCCACCCGCAACCCGGCCCUCGAAUUCACCCUCCCCACCGCCCCCCUCUCCACGACAUCAGUGGAGGAUCUGAAAGAUGCUGUGCGCGAGCGUGUCGCCGAUUCCAGCGGUAACAAGAUGUCUGUUGAGAAGGUUAAAAUUCUGUACAAGCGGAAGCCUAUUUCUGGGAAGACGGUUGCGGAGGUCUUGGCUGGUGCUGAUGAUGGAUUGCUGGGUGGAGGGAAGGAGGUAGAGUUUGGGGUUAUGAUUAUGGGGGGUGCGACUGUUGUUGAACCUCCUGUGGGUGGGACUGAGGAGAAGGGUGAGGGUGAAGGGGAGGUUACAGCGAAGCCUGUUGUUGGGCCAAGUGGGGAAGAUGUUUUGGAGACGGAGACCUUCUGGGAUGAUUUACAGGGUUUCCUUAUGCAGAGGGUUAAGGAUGUGGAGGAGGCAAAGAGGCUGAGGGCGUUGUUUAAGGAGGCUUGGAGUUCGGGAAGGUGAUUCUCUUAUAUAUUUAAUUGGAUAUAGAUGAUACCUGGAAUGUGAAUAUGAUUUGAUAUUCGGUAUUUUAUAAGGCAUUUGAUUG